AUGUCCACACUUAGUAACAAACUCGUUGUGAAUCUGGCGCCUGAGAAUCCACUCCCAAGAGUCCUCGAAUCCUCCAAUCCUCGAUCAAUAAACCCUUCAAAUCCUUUUGGAAAAACAAAUUACGCCGACACCCGAGCGAGCACGGAAAAUCGGAGGUCCGAAGAAAAGGCCCUUCCCCGCCUCAGCUCCACUCCGCAGUCCCUGGACCAUGGCCCUCUCGAGGAGAUCUGCAGAGCAAAGCAGGCAGAGCGAACGAAUCUAGACCGGGGCAAUAAAAGCAACGAGGCCGAGGCCUUGCGAUUCAGAUUCACCAACGGCGCUGCAGGCGGGGGAAAAGCAACUGCGUGGGGUCCACGCGAGGCGGAGGCGGAGGCCGAGCAGCAAACGGAGCAGGAUGUCGAGGCGACGCCGGAGCGGCCUUUGCCGGAGGUGGGGGACCUCGGGCAGCCACAUACAGUGGCACGACUCCUGCGAGGAGGCCCUUUGGAGGUCGGCGGGAGCUGGUCGCAGGCUCGGGGGUCGGUCCUAAACUCUGGGGCCAGAUAUAGCCGACCCUGCUCGCCGCCGCUCGUCCUCCCACAUUGUGGGUGCGCUCGCGAGCCCCCCAUGGCCCAAGCGACGGGAGGAGGCGUCAGCGUGAUUUGCUCUCGGCUCGCGAUGGCGAUUCGAUGGCGAUGGCGAUGGCGAUGCAGAGCCGGAUCCAGAGUCGAUCGAUGCCGUGGGCCCCGUGCGGCCGAUGCAGCCGAGCGCGAGAAGCAGCGAACGGGGUCAGUCGUCGAGGGAGGGAGGGAGAGGGCGCAGACGAGCAAGAUACAUUGGCACGGAGGCGGACGAGCCAGAGACGAGGACCGGACUGGAAAAAGGAGGAGCAGGAGGUGCGCAGGCGACAGACAGAGAGGAGGGAAAGGGAGGGAGGGAGGGAGGGAGGGAGUGAGUGAGUGGCGGCUGUGA